AUGGACCACCUGGUGCUACGCGAACGACACAGGAAGAGAAAACAAAAGCGGCUGGGCAUCAUGCCCAGCCACGAACCAGACGAUGCCAACCUACUGUGGCGCCAUGAGGUGAAGAAGCUGCGCGCGCAGGUCUUGCUGACCUGCCUCUUUUCCAACUCUCCUACUUCUACGUCCUCCGCCUACGCGCCCCUUCCCACAACACCAUCGUGGCCAUCAUCUUCUUCGGCCAACGAUCCGUUCGCUGUCAUGCAAGCCAACGAGGCCGCCCGACGACGCCAGCGGCGACGUGCGGUGCUGCGGGCAGCGGCAUGGGUGGUCGGCCUGGCGCUCCUGGCGGGCGCCCUCUACCAGUGCCUCGGCCACGUCCGGGACGACUGGCUCUACCCGCCGCCCGGCCUCAGUCCGUCGGUGCUGUUCGAAUCCGGUCUGCCCUACAGUUCGCUCAGUUUCGAGUUGGUGCUGCGACAGGCCGUAGAGGACGGCCUUACGGACCACAUGACUCUCUGUUCUUACGACCGCAGCGGAUACGGCUGGAGCGAAGCGGGUGUCCAUCCACGUAAUAUUUCGGUGAUGGUCGAUGAGUUGCAUCGCAUGCUCCGGGUGGCCGAGGUGCCCACGCCCCACCUGCUCGUGGGCUGGAGCUACGGCGGCAUCAUCGCCCAGCUCUACGCCGCGCGCUAUCCCCACGCCGUAGCCGGCGUGGUCUUGAUCGACACCGUGAUCGCCAACCAGACCGGCCGCAUCGAAGGAUUCGCCGAACAGCUCACAGCCGGCAUAGUCUCGUUCGACAUUGCGCGAUUCGUGCAGUGGGUGGGCGCGUUUCGGCUGGCCGGUGCCCUGGGCCUGCUCCCGCAGGACGCAGGCGCACCGCCCUCCUCGCUCCCGUCGCCCCUCUACAACGCCGUGCUGGCCUCCGUCACCAAGUACAAGUUUCCGGAGACGGCCUACCAGGAGCUGAUGGCGUUCGAGCCCAGCGAGCGUAUUCUCUCGAGCGAGCUCCUAAGCCUGGCCGCCGCCGACAGCAACCACAAACCUCUGGGCGAUCUGCCAGUGCUGAGCGUGGCGGCGGUGUCGGAGGCGAUGCCGGCUGCCGAGCGUGGGCUGUGGAUUGAGACGCAGGCGGGCGAGGCCAGCGCGUUGACCACCAACCACCGGCAGCGUGUCGUCGACUCGGACCACUUCGUGCCGUGGUCCAGCCCGGCUAGCGUCAUCGCCGCCAUCCAGGAGGCUCUCGACAUGAGGCCCGGGCACGACCUACGACGGGACCACUUGUUGGGUCAGCUUGGCCCCAGCGGUGUUGUGUAA